AUGACAUGGGCCGUAUCGGCGCUUAUUCUUGCGCACUUUUUUGCGACUGCGAUUACUGUAAAGCAGGUGACUGUUCCUGGCCAAAUCGUUCUUGGAGGUUUGUUUCCAAUUCACGAAGCUGGAAGAAAUGGCACCCAUCAGUGCGGAAAGAUCAAAGCGGACCAAGGGGUUCAACGAAUGGUCGCCAUGUUGUUCGCCUUGGAGAAUAUUAAUCGAGAGCGUCAAUUACUUCCACAAGCAAGCCUCGGCGCUCAAAUUUUAGACACUUGUUCCGUUGAUAGUUACGCUUUGGAACAAACUCUCGAAUUUAUAAAAUCUGUUAUGUCGAAUGGUGACGGUGUUAGCUGUGCGGACGGUUCAACUGGUACUUAUACUAGGCAGCCAGUUGUGGCGGUUGUUGGAGCUGCCGGUAGUCAAGUUAGCGUUAUGGUAGCGUCAAUGCUUCAGCUUUUCAAAAUUCCCCAAGUGAGCUACAGCUCAACGGGAGCUGAGUUAAGCGAGAAACCGCGAUUCGCAUUUUUCUCACGUGUAGUCCCACCAGACAAUCUGCAAGCCCAAGUGAUGGCAAGAGUGAUUGGAGCCUUAGAAUGGACUUACGUUCAUGCUAUCGCUGACACAGGAUCUUACGGAGAACGGGGAAUGGAUUCCUUUAGAGCGGCAGCCGCUGAAAAUGGGAUCUGCAUUGACGGGGAUGUUCAAAAAAUUUCAAGACGGUGGACCGAGAAAAACUUCAGGGACCUUCUUAUUCGAAUGCAUCGUACACGAAAAGCCCGCGGGGUCGUGAUGUUUGUGGACGAGGAUAACUUGAAACGUCUUCUGAAAACAUUAGACAAUUUAAUACACGAAGGGCACACCGAACUUGAUCGUCAUUUCUGGUUCGUUGCGUCAGAUUCCUGGGGAAUCAAGCAAUCGGUUGUAAAAGGAUUGGAACAUCGCACAUACGGCGCCAUAACCAUUGCUCCGAUGGUCCGUCAGGAAAAAGGAUACAUCGAGUUCUUCCGAAAGCUUUCACCAAAAGGAUUUGUGUUCCUCGAGGAAUAUUUCGAGUUUCUUGGUUGUGCUGAUCUCGAGGGAAUCACGACGUUCGGAGAAUGCUUCGAUCACAACAACAUGACGCUGAAACAAGAAUCUUAUGUGCCUUUCGUAGUGGACACUGUAAAAGUGAUAGCUAAAGCUAUUAGCAAGUAUAUCGAAGAUGAUUGUAAGCACGUUCCAUUCCACAAGUGCUCGUUGUCUCAGCAUGGUUUUCGCGGCGAACGCCUUCAACGUUAUUAUAGGAAUAUGUCACUUACGAACGGAGAACCGGCGUUGAUUGAUCACAAUGGUGAUGGUAUAGGACGCUACGAUGUUUUCCAAUUGGAUCGUGAAGGAGUGUAUCAGAAAGUGGGAAAAUGGCGAUCAACCGACGAUUUUCUUUCUGUGGAAGUCGAAAAAAUCCGGCAUGCCUUUAAAACUGGACCAAACGAGCGUCCAGUCAGCGUGUGCUCAACGGAUUGUCCAAGAGGCCACUAUAGAGCUUACCAAGAUCAGACAUGCUGUUGGGCUUGCAUUCCGUGUGAUACCAGUACAAGUAUUCACAACGAGACAAGUUGUGAGGAAUGUCCCAUUGGAAUGGUGCCAGAUAGAACUCUUCGGUACUGUGUACCGAUUCCGCCGGUCUCGAUGCAAUGGGACACUACAUGGGCCUUAAUCCCGGCGGCAUUUUCAACAUUGGGAAUCGCUUCGACUAUAUUUGUUGUGUCUGUGUUCUUGAAAUUUUCAAACACCCCAGUGAUAAUGGCAUCUGGAAGAGAGCUUUGUUAUUGCAUGAUGACCGGCAUAUCUAUGUGUUAUUUGCUCACAUUUUUCUUAGUUUCGCAGCCAACAAUUCCGACAUGCUUAAUGACCAGGAUUUUAAUGGGCUUAUCGAUGUCGGCUAUUUAUGCGGCAAUAAUAACAAAAACGAAUCGAUUAGCUAGGGUCUUCAGUCCAGAUUCGGCGCAACGUCCACGAUUCAUAACACCAAAAGCUCAAGUGGGAAUUUGCAUGGGAAUCGUGUCGGUGCAACUGAUUGGCACAAUAAUUUGGAUCAUUUUCGAUCCACCCGGCACCAUGGUCGUUUUUCCGUCGAGAACCGAAGCAGUCCUUACUUGUAAAGCCACAACCUCGCAUUUACUCUUCUCGCUUCUUUAUAAUCUUUUAUUAAUUGUUGCGUGUACUGUGUACGCCUUCAAAACGCGAAAAAUCCCGGAAAAUUUCAACGAAACACGACACAUUGGUUUCACAAUGUACAGUACGUGUAUACUUUGGCUCGCAUUCGGGCCUAUUUAUUUCGCUACUCAAAGCGAUUUUAGGAUUCAAAUCACCUCACUUUGUAUGUGCAUUUCCUUAUCGGGUACUGUUGCUCUAAUUUGUUUCUUUGCUCCAAAGGUUUAUAUUGUAUUAUUCCAACCAUAUAAGAAUGUGCGGACGCGACAAUCCGCCGUCGGUCGACUCGUCAACCAACAAAUGCGCUUUAUGAGCCAAUUGACCUACAACCCGGAUGGAUGCCAUUCUUACCAACCAAUGUCUUCGAAUCAAUCUUAUAAACCAAGCAUCGUUUCAGCCGAGGAGAGCUCUCACACGAGCAACGCUCAGGCACCUCAAACACGAUCGAUCCCGCCUCAAAUCAUUGAGCAAUUGGCUUCAAGUCUUACUGCUAAUGAUGUGAAAGAGUCGAAAAAUGACUUAGUUAAAAAAUUAUCACUACAAGACAAUACGAAUAAUAGCAAUGAGGACGAAAUUCGAAGGCGUCGUCCUAGUAGUGUUCAUACUUGUCAGUUGGCCAAGAAUUCAAAAGCAGUAAUCAGGCAGGAUACCGUGAAAAGCCGCACGAGCAUUAAUGAAAACCAUCAAGUGGAUUUGAUCUUGGAGGAAAUCGCAUCUGAUAUGAACUCCACAUUUCUUUAA